AUGGAAUUCACAGCUGUUAUACUCUGUGGAAACGGGAAAGCUUUGUUUCCAUUCUCAGAAACAAGAUCCACCGGCUUACCCAAAGCAUUGAUUCCGGUUGCAAACAAAUCCAUCCUCACAUAUGUUCUAGAUUGGUGUUUUACUGCAUCUUUUUCAAAAAUCCUUGUUGUUACUUCGCAAGAAUCUUCAGAGCAAGUCCAGACAGAAAUCGAUGCAUUUCAAAAUGAAAAAAGACUUAAUCUGUCUUUAGAUUUGAAAGAUUAUGACAAAACAUCGACAUCAAAUGUAUCCAUUGAUCUAAUGGGCAUCACUGCUGAUCACAGCGGAGAGGCGAUUUACAAUAUUUGUACCGAAUCCAAGUACAAAAUCGAAACACAAAACUUUAUUAUCCUUUCGUGUGACUUUAUAACCAAUCUACCCCCUCAAGUACUUAUUGAAAUGUUUAGGAAUCGACCUUCAAAUCAAUUAGGAAUUACAGUGGCGUACAGAAACCAACUAGACAUUGAGGAUAAGAAGCUGAAGGUUUUUCCUAAAAAGUAUACAGUUUAUUCGGAUGAUAGCUUGAUGGGCUCGUGCCUCUUGGACCAAUACACUAAGGAAGAUACGGAUAUGUCAAAGGUGCUCCUGAUACGUAGCAAGAUGUGUUUCACAUAUCCUAAUUCAGUUAUUAGCACAAAGUUACUUGAUAGUGGAAUAUUCAUGGGUUCGAGAGAAAUUUUUGACGUGCUUGAAAAAGAUAGCCACAAAUUCAGUGAAGCAUAUUUCCAAAAACGUGAUGUGAACAAAGUUGUUCGUGACCUUGCGAGACGCUCAUGGAGACAUUCUGAAAGCAAAGAAACUGUUGGCCUUCUUACAAUUCCAAAUGAGGCAUUAUUUUAUAGAGUCAAUAAUUUACCUGUGUGGAUGGAGGCAAAUAGACACUUUAUGAAGCAACAGGCAAUGAAUGGUGGCAGGAACCAAUUGCAAACACAAACGCAAACACAAACGCAGCAGCAACAGUCGCAACAACAAUCGCAACAACAAUCGCAGCAACAAAUUGCUUCCAAAGGUAAGGCUGUUGCUCAUGUUGGGGCCGAUUCUUUAGUUGCUGAUUCUACUCAGCUAGGUGAAAAGACUAACAUCAAAAAGAGUGUUGUUGGUUCUGGAUGCGUUAUCGGCAAAAAAGUCAGGAUCAAUGCCUCACUUAUUUUGGAUAAUGUCACUAUUGAAGAUGAUGUGCAACUCGACAAUUGUAUAAUUGGACACAAUGCAAUUAUUCACUCCAAGUCCAAAUUGACCAACUCAUAUGUUGAAUCAACAAAUGAAGUCGUUGCCAAUACUCAAUCAAAGGGAGACACGUUAUUGUGCUUGAGCUUAGAGAAUUUAGGUAGUGAUGUUGAGGAUGGCGAGUUUGCGUUAAUGUCAGACUCAUCGAGCGAGGAAAGCUCUUCAGGGUCUGGAAGUGACGAUGAAACUAGUGAAGAAGAAAGUGAAUUUGAAGACGAAUACACGGGUAACGAAGAUGGUUUAUUUGAUUAUUGA